UCAAAAUUUGGGUCGUUUUGCAGACCUAAUCCUGAGUGGCUGAGUAUUUACUUUUCCCUCGACGCUUUUUGGAGUUUUGGCGCCCAAAAAGACCAGUAUGUGUCAUUCGUUGCUCAAAGUCAAAGGGCUCGUAGUCGUACGAAGCUGUUGACGCUUCUCAGAACAGCUUGCAACUUUCGCCGGAACCCAUCCAAAAUCUUCUGCCGAUUCUCUUUCUUCUACUCCCCCAAAAGCCUCCGGCGUCAUGGACGAGCUUCAAACCCUCAAAACCCGCGUUUGCAUCAUCGGAAGUGGCCCUGCGGCUCACACUGCUGCCAUCUACGCCGCUCGGGCUGAGCUAAAACCCAUCCUGUUCGAAGGAUGGAUGGCCAACGACAUCGCACCUGGCGGUCAGCUCACCACCACAUCCGACGUCGAGAACUUCCCUGGGUUCCCUGAAGGGAUUCUUGGGAUGGAACUGAUGGAUCGUUGUCGAAAUCAGUCGGUCCGAUUUGGCACUGAAAUCUUCACCGAAACCGUUAACAAAGUCGAUUUCUCGACUAAUCCUUUUAAGAUUUUCACUGAUUCGAAGGCCAUUUUGGCGGAUUCCGUUAUCGUUGCCACCGGUGCCGUCGCUAAGCGAUUGAAAUUUCCUGGUUCCGGAGAUGGAGAAGGAGGAUUCUGGAAUCGUGGUAUAUCGGCUUGUGCGGUUUGCGAUGGCGCUGCGCCCAUUUUCAGGAACAAGCCGUUGGUGGUCAUCGGAGGUGGCGAUUCUGCUAUGGAGGAGGCAAAUUUCUUGACUAAGUAUGGUUCUAAGGUUCAUAUUAUUCAUAGGAGGGAUACUUUUAGGGCUUCGAAGAUUAUGCAGAACCGGGCUUUGAGUAACCCCAAGAUUGAGGUCUUGUGGAAUUCAAUGGUUGUUGAAGCCUAUGGAGAUGGGGAUAGAGGGAUUUUGGGAGGAUUGAAGGUCAAGAAUAUGGUGACAGGGGAUGUUUCGGAUUUGAAAGUGUCGGGCUUGUUCUUUGCUAUUGGGCAUGAGCCUGCAACGAAGUUCCUGGAUGGGCAGCUGGAGCUUGAUUCAGAUGGGUACAUUGUGACGAAACCAGGAACAACUCAGACGAGCGUACGAGGAGUUUUUGCUGCUGGCGAUGUUCAGGACAAGAAGUACCGCCAAGCCAUUACUGCUGCUGGUACAGGCUGUAUGGCAGCGUUGGAAGCAGAACAUUACCUGCAAGAGAUUGGAUCUCAAGAGGGUAAGAGCGAUUGACUAUUUCUAAGCAUUGUGGAGGAACCAAAGUGUUCACCACGGCGGAUGAAGUCCUGCCUAUAGAACGAAGAAAAUGGUAUGAUUUUGUUAUGCAAAAAACUCAUCUGUAUCUAUUGCUGCAAGGCGGAAACAGUAUGGUAUUUAUUUUUCCCAUUGGUAUCAUCUUUAAUGUCAUUGUUGUGUUACAGGCCAAUUUAUGUUUUAUUUUGCUACAUCAGUUUAUGUUUAUAUUGAUUAAAGUGGUUAUCUGCUUUGCUUUCCUGUCUCC